AUGCCGCCUUCAGCCACAGAGCCGCGCCAGCUGGUGGUGGUGCUCAACCCCGCCCGCCGUAAGGCGCUUUACCAGCUCAGCGGGGAUAUCAUCACUCAGAUGCGAGCCCAACUAGAGCUCAAAGACGGGGAUGACGACGAAUUGGACGAGGAAGAGACGGACGGAUGGUCCGAUGACGAUACCUUGUACGACGGCGAGCCCGGCUCACAAUCCAACCGAGGACCUCCCCGCCAGGCCAACCCGAACCCGUUUCCCAGCAGAAAGCUCAUCGCCUUGCGGGCGGAAGCGGUAGCGUUCUUGAACCGCUGGGCUAACGAUUUCAUGAGGAAUCUUAAGGAGAUUGUAUUGGAAAGAGAGGAUCCCAAGAUCCUCGACGAACGCAAGAAGCGUCUCCAGCGCCUCCAAAACGAACCAGAGCCUUCUUUCCAAGGUGAUGACCUGAUUGCUUUUGACGGCGAGAGCGAUACCGCCUCUGGGAGGCGUUCCGGCAUCGCGACGCUUGAAUCCAUCAUAUUCGGCACACGCGCGGGUCUUUAUGCUCUACCUGACGUCCUCGCUAAAACUCCCCUUUCCGUGCUGUUGGACGAAGAAACCGAGAUUGCAAAGUCUCUCGUCGCCGCCUCCGCCCAAGCGGAGCAGACGCCCCACAUGUCGGCCGAGGCCGAGGCCGAGAAGAGGAGGCAAGAGGGCCAGGCGGGUCGAUUCUGGAAAGUUGGGCUGGCCUCCGUUGCCGGUGCUGCCGUCAUAGGAAUCACCGGAGGCCUCGCCGCACCCGUGGUCGCGGGGGCGAUUGGCGGUCUGAUGGGGAGCGGAGAGAUGAUGGACAACUACGCAAAAGAAGUGGAGGAUUUCCGCUUCAUCCCUCUCUACGAAACAAGCCGCACGAGGCGCGAGAGAGACAAUCAGUCGCGCCGACUCCGCGUAACCAUUGGCAUCAACGGCUGGCUGACCGAUAAAGACGACAUCACCAAGCCCUGGAGCGGGCUCGGGGACGAUAGCGAGGUUUUUGCGCUCCGCUACGAGAUGGACAAGCUCCUCACCCUGGGCAAGAGUCUCGAGAACAUGGUAUCCAGCUACGCGUGGAAGACGGUCAAGAUGGAGAUCCUGCGCCGCACCGUGCUCGCCUCCCUCUGGGCCGCCCUGUGGCCCGCCUACGUCCUCAGCGUCGCGGCCAAGAUUGACAACCCCUUCAACCUCGCUCUCAACCGCUCCGAAAAGGCCGGCCUCGUCCUCGCCGACGCCCUCAUCAAUAGGGUCCAGGGCGAGCGGCCCGUCACCCUCGUCGGGUACUCCCUCGGCUCCCGCGCCAUCUACACCUGCCUACGCACCCUGGCGGAGCGCAGAGCCUUUGGCCUCGUCGACACCGUCCUGCGCAGCGUCGUCGCCGGCGGAAUCUUCAACGUGUACACGUCCAACGACUACAUCCUCGGCUUCCUGUACCGCGCCCACAGCCUCCAGCUCGGCGUCGCCGGCCUCCAGCCCAUACAAAAUAUCAAGGGGGUCCGCAACGUCGACCUGAGCGGCGAGGUGAGCGGCCACCUACGCUACCCGGACCUCGUCAGCCAGAUCCUGGUGCGGCCCGCAGUCCGCGCGCCCAGCCGACCAAUCUCUAACGACGCCGACUUUGACCCACUCUCCGGAGCCCCAGUUCAAAGGUUGGGCGACCGCCUUCCCAUACGCGAGUCUCGGGCGCCGCAGCGGCAAGUUUCUAUGUCGAACCCGGCUCGCACCCACUCUCCCACCCCAGAAUCCCCGCCAUUGAGAGUUAUUGAGCCCCGGAACGAGUCAGGGCCACCGAACCCUCCCGCAUCGGCACCCGUAGCGGGGACUACUUCGAGGCCUGAGCUUCCGCGGAACCCUCUGAGUGACAGCUACCUUAGUACGCUGGAAACCUACGAUGACAUGUCGGAUGGAGAUGGCGGCGGCAUUACAAUGGUAAGCUACGACUCUAGCUAG